AUGUCGUCGAAACUCGAGUUAAGACAACUGGAAGAGGACAUACUCGAAAUUAAGGAAAUGAGUGAAGAUUUACUCACUGAUGAGCUGCCACCUACGUACAGCUCUCUCUUCUCCGAAGACUUACUACUUUCACCGCCAACCACCACGGAUGAAAGCCGUGAAUCGAUCCUGAUCGCAGAUAUCGGCCGUUUUAGCAUAGACUUAAGCGCGGGAACUCGCACAUCUAUGCUAAUCCAAGAAUUUUCAUUACCUGCGCAACGACCUCAGGUUAUAGAAAUUCGAGCCAACAAUUCUAACCCAACUUCACUUGCCAAAAGCACCGAUGAUGUCAAGGAUGCACUUGGAACUCAUGAAAUCCCACUAGAUAUUAUUCUGAUGCUAGUGGGAAGCAGAGAGGAGACUAAAUCAAUUAUACUGAUCGGACAGGAACUCCACCAACAUGGCCACCGAGUUCGAGUCGCUGCACAUUCAAUCUUCCAGUCAGUCGUUCACAGGGCCGGACUGGAAUUUUUCUCCAUCGGCAGCGACCCAGAGCAUACCAUCGCGACAAAGGACUCAGCCCUCAUGCCUGAUUCCAGUGGUGUUGACAGGCACCAGGUCCUAAAAAACAAAAAGGUCUUACUAAACACACUCAAAGAAUGUUGGAAUGCGUGCACCCAUCCCGGCUCGCACGAAGAUAAACCCUUUGUCGCGGACGCCAUCAUUGCAACGCCUCUUGCGCAUGCUCAUAUCCAUUGUGCGGAGCACUUGUCCAUCCCGCUUCAUAUCAUGUCUAACAGCCCCUGGACACCGACGAGACGAUUCGUACAUCCGCUAGCACAAAUCGAGACGGGAAGUGAGAUUGAUUAUCAGUUGCAGAAUUAUCUGUCCCAUUUACUGGUCGGAGAGUCUGUGUGGCACGAAGUCUACAGCGUCGUCGAUCAUUUUCGCCAAGCAGUUCUAGGUCUAGAACAGCUAUCUUUGUCUAAUGGAGCCGGGAUUUUGAGAGAGUUCAAGAUUCCUCAUACUUAUUUGUGGUCCUCUGGGUUUCUCCCAAAACCGGAGGACUGGGAUGACUCCAUUGAUAUUUCCGGCUACCCCACUAUCAAAAGCCCAUCUCCUUAUAUUCCUUCAAAGGAGCUAGAAGACUUUCUCCAAGCCGCAAUCGAACCUGUCUUUGUUGCACUGGAUAUCACCCAAUUGAACAAACCGAAGUUAUUCGUUCAAUACGUUGUGGAAACUUCUCAAAAACAUGGGGUUUAUCUUCUUCUGCCGAGUGGGUUCCGAGAAGCAAUUGAUAUUUCCGAAGCGCCCAAGAUUUUCCUACUUGAGAAUGACCCAAAUGGCCUCGGUCCAUCUCCACUUCGCGAGCAAGCCCUCAGCAGCGAGACCCUUGUCGAGGCAUUCCAGUAUUGUCUACGACGAGAUGUGAAACAAGUUGCUUCGAGGAUAGGCGAAAGGACCCAUGAGGAGAACGGCACUGCAAACGCCGUCCAAUCGUUCUAUCGCCAUCUACAAUGGGAGAAGGUUCGAUGCAGUGAUAUCAACACGGAGCCUGUGGUAUACCGUAUGCAAUUGAAACCAUCAAUUAGGAGCAAGGUCGAGACUGAUGGGGUGGUAAUUUCGACAAGAGAAGGCGGGUCCCCCGUGGAACCAGAUGAGUAUCCAGUCCACACAAGACGGGAUAAAGCACCCGAGCUCCGCGAAGAAAAAGUUCACACCACCUUCCUUGUGGACGCAAAGGGCGUAUCCAAAAGUCUGAUUAAAGCCAUCAUCAAACCUACCGUAUCGCAUAUCGCAGAUGCGCACAGAAAACGUGAGGCUCAGAAUGAUGUACCCGUGCCGACAGUCCGGAAGGUCGAGAAAUACAAAACCCGAACGGGAACGGCCAUGAAAUUGGUUAAGAAUGUGGGAUUUGGGUCUGCGGUUGCUUGUGGAAAGAUUGCUGUACUGCCAUUCAAGACUGUAUGGUAUAUGAGCGAAACGGCAUCAUACGGAGUGCGGGCACUACAGGGGCUGGAUCGUCAGGAACAUAAAAGUCACGAUCAAGGCGUGGAACAAACUUCCAAUGUGAACGAUUCUCGGUUAUUCGAUGAAGGUAACGUGAUAGACUUGCGAAGCGUGAAAGAUACUAUGUCUGACGAUUUAUAUGUUGUCACAGAGAUCUAUACCACUUCUUUGGGCCGAGACGAUGCUUAUACGCGCGCAAUCACAGCUUCGGGUAUGCGUCGGAGUACAACUCAGACUCGCGAUGGUGAUGGGUUAUCUCUUGGAUCUCGCCGGUCUCAUUCUUCCGCGCCUAGUGCCAGGAUGGAGUAG